UCGGAUGAGACAACUACGUCACUUCCUGUAUCAGCAUCAGCCUCUUUAGCCGUUUGUUUGCUAAGCUAACCGGCUGCUCGGUGCCGUAAUUCUCAAAUAUGCUGGAUUUAAUCGCUUUUAAAAGUAAACUGACGUUCAUCGUGAACAAUCUGGCCAAGGCGGUGAUGUCGGAGAGUUUUACUGCGGCGCAUAAAGUCUCUUUACAGAAACAAAACGCUGAAACUGAGGAGAAACUGGGAGCUCUGGUGGACAGUCUGUGUGUCGAAGCUGUGGAUAAAAUCCUGAAGAUGUUGGAGCUGGCGGCGAUGAAGAGGGAGCAGAGGAGCCCAGGAGAUCUGAGUGAUCCGGUUCAGUGUGAGGAGAGCAGAGACGGCAUGAUGAAGCCGCAGACAGGUGAGGACGGAGGAGGUCGGCGCCCCCCCACAGAGCAGACCUUCAUCCUGGUUUACGGGAGCGCUGCUGUGGACUCCAAGUGUCUGCUGGUGUCUCUGCAGAGCUCCGCUGAUGUGACAGGUGACGUCAGUUCCUCCUCUCCUCCUCCACAGGCCGACCACGAGUACGCUCGCUCGUCCUCGCCGCCGCCCGCCGCCGCUGCAGAGGAGGGAGGAGCCUCAGCAGCAGGCGGCAGGACACAGCGCAGCAGCAGCAGCAGCAGGAAAAGGAAAAAAGACUCAAACACAGCGACUGCGGCAGCGACGGAACCUUCCCUCGGCUGCUCGCAGUGCGGCAUGUUGUUUCCAAACAGCGAGCGGCUCGCCGACCACCAGAGGAAGUCUCAUCCCGCGUGCUCGACGUGCGGAGCGACGUUCACCGGCGUCCUGAAGCUCCGCCAACACGAGGAGAAAGAGCACGGGCUGCUGCCGUACACCUGCGACUACUGCCCCAAGAGAUUCAACCACAAAGCUCACCGCGACCUGCACGUCAAGUCCCGGCACACCGGAGAGAAGAGCUGCCACUGCGACAUCUGCGGGAAGGGCUACUCCUGCGUCAGCGUGCUGAAAACGCACCGCAUCACGCACUUCGACAAGACCUUCAUCUGCGACGUGUGCGGGAAGAGCUUCUACCACGCCUGCCACCUGACGCGCCACAAACUGGUGCACCAGGCGGAGCGGCCGUAUCGCUGCUCCACCUGCGGGAAGGGCUUCACGCAGGCGGAGAACCUGCGCAGCCACCAGGCCGUCCACACCGGAGAGAGGCAGCUCUGCUCCGUCUGCGGCAAGAGCUACCGCCGCCUCAAGAACCACGUCAUCAGCAAACACUCGCACGAGCUGCCGGCCGCCGAGCUGCCGGCCCGCCGCUCCGUCGUCGGCUGCGACGUCUGCGGGAAGAAGUUCCCCAACCCGUCGCAGUACAGAGCGCACCAGAGGAGCCACACGGGGGAGAAGCCGUUCCACUGCGACGUCUGCGGGAAGAGCUACCGGCUGAAGGAGCUGCUGAGGGACCACCGCUACACCCACAGCGGCGAGAAGCCCUACAGCUGCUCGCUCUGCUCCAAGACCUUCAACCUGGCCACCAGCUUCAUGCGGCACCGCAGCAUCCACAGCGGAGAGACGCCGUUCAGCUGCCACGCCUGCGGGAAACACUUCCGCCUGCUCACCUUCCUCAAGGCUCACCUGCAGACCAAAGCUCACCUGAAGCAGACGCAGCAGAGGCCGGCCGCGACCUCCGACCUCUGACCUGUCAGGGUUACACUUACACCACACGGCCAAAAGCUUUCCUGCAGAUGUUGGACCCUGCAGGGAUCAGUGAUCAGGUCCGACUCACAGUUCAUCCCAGACCGGAUGUGCUUAGUGGUUCCACACA